AUGUCACUGUCACACGCUUCUUCCAACCACUACUGCACAUUACUCAAACUCUGCUGCGAAACCCGCAACUUCACCAACGCAAAGAACCUCCAUUCUCACAUCAUCAAAACCUUCCCAAACCCAGAAACCUUUCUCUUAAACAAUCUCAUCGCCUCCUAUGCAAAACUCAACUCCAUCACGUAUGCCCGCAGGGUGUUCGAUCAAAUUCCCCACCCGAAUCUAUACUCAUGGAACACCAUUCUUUCGGCUUAUUCUAAAUCGGGUUGUGUCCCCGAGAUGGAAUGCAUGUUUAAUAAAAUGCCAACACGAGACGGGGUGUCGUGGAAUUCACUAAUCUCGGGCUAUGCUGGUUGUGGUUCUGUUUAUCACUCUGUAAAGGCUUAUAGUUUAAUGUUGAAUGAAGGUUCGUUUAAUUUGAAUCGGAUUACGUUCUCGACUUUGCUUAUACUUGCAUCCAAACGAGGCUGUGUUAAAUUCGGUAGGCAGAUUCAUGGACAUGUAGUGAAGUUUGGUUUUAUGUCGUAUGUUUUUGUUGGGAGUCCUUUGGUGGAUAUGUACUCGAAGAUGGGGUUGAUAGUUUGUGCUAGGAAGGUUUUUGAUGAGUUGCCUGAGAAGAAUCUUGUUAUGUAUAAUACACUGAUAACGGGACUGAUGCGAUGCGGUAGGGUUGAAGAUUCAAAGCGAUUGUUCUUUGAUAUGCGAAAAAGGGAUUCGAUUUCUUGGACAUCGAUGAUUACGGGGUUUACUCAAAAUGGAUUGGACAAGGAAGCGGUUAAUUUGUUCAGAGAUAUGACAUUGGAAAAGCUGGAGAUGGAUCAGUAUACAUUUGGAAGUGUUUUGACCGCUUGUGGUGGUGUUGCGGCUUCACGAGAAGGCAAGCAAGUUCAUGCUUAUGUUAUUAGGACAUAUUAUAAGGAUAAUAUAUUUGUUGCUAGCGCUCUUGUUGACAUGUAUUGCAAGUGUAAGAAUAUAAAAUCAGCAGAAACAGUUUUCAAAAAGAUGACUUGCAAGAAUGUUGUAUCUUGGACUGCGAUGUUAGUGGGUUAUGGACAAAAUGGUUAUAGUGAAGAAGCUGUUAAAACUUUUAGCGAUAUGCAAAGAUAUGGGAUUGAGCCAGAUGAUUUCACCUUUGGAAGUGUAAUUAGCUCAUGUGCAAACCUUGCCAGCCUUGAAGAGGGUGCCCAAUUCCAUGCUAGAGCUCUCAUUUCUGGCCUAAUUUCUUUUAUUACUGUUUCCAAUGCUCUUGUUACAUUAUAUGGUAAAUGUGGUAGCAUUGAAGACUCCCAUAGGCUUUUUAGUGAAAUGAGCUUCAGAGAUGAAGUCACAUGGACUGCACUUGUUUCUGGAUAUGCUCAGUUUGGUAAAGCCAACGAAACAAUCAGGUUGUUUGAAAGCAUGUUAGCACAUGGUUUAAAACCUGACAAGGUUACAUUUAUUGGGGUUCUUUCAGCUUGCAGUAGAGGAGGAUUAGUGGAAAAAGGAAAUAAAAUAUUCGAAUCGAUGAUUAAGAAACAUGGGAUUGUACCAAUUCAAGAUCAUUACACCUGCAUGAUUGAUCUCUUCAGUCGGUCUGGGAGGUUAGAAGAAGCAAAGAUUUUUAUAAAUAAUAUGCCUUUCAGUCCUGAUGCAAUUGGUUGGGCAACAUUGUUAAGUUCGUGUAGAUUCUACGGGAACAUGGACAUUGGCAAGUGGGCAGCUGAGUUUCUUAUGGAAUUAGAUCCACAUAACACUGCUAGCUAUGUCUUACUUUCAAGCGUCUAUGCUGCUAAAGGAAAAUGGGACGAAGUUGCCAGAUUAAGAAAAGGCAUGAGAGAUAUGGGUCUUAGAAAGGAACCGGGAUGCAGCUGGAUCAAAUACAAGAACCAAGUGCACGUUUUCUCUGCCGAUGAUAAGUCAAAUCCAUUUUCAGAUCAAAUUUAUUCUGAGCUUAAAAAGUUGAACUACAAAAUGAUUAAAGAGGGUUAUGUGCCUGAUAUGAAUUCUGUUCUGCAUGAUGUUGAGGAUACAGAGAAAAUAAAGAUGCUAAAUCACCAUAGUGAAAAGCUUGCAAUUGCCUUUGGAUUGUUAUUUAUUCCUCCUGGUCUGCCCAUACGAGUAGUGAAAAAUCUGAGGGUUUGUGGGGAUUGCCACAAUGCAACUAAAUAUAUAUCUAAGGUCACCCAGAGAGAGAUUCUUGUAAGAGACGCAGCCCGGUUCCACUUGUUUAAAGAUGGAAUGUGUUCAUGUGGAGACUUUUGGUGA